AUGUGGCUGGACAUACCUAGGUCUGUGCCACCUCCAACUACAGUGCAGAGCUUGGAUGGAUUCAGUGCCAAGGUGAGCUGGGUGCCACCCACUGGGGAAAUCAGAGGGCUGAUUGAUCGAUAUGAGUUGAAGGCCUACAAUAGAGAUCAGCCGGAAGCACCACCUAUCAGAGCCACAUACCUAGCCAAUGGAAAUUUCACAGGUGUGCUGCCGGGUCUCACUCCAGCCACUCGAUACAUUAUCAGUGUAAGUGCCUGUAGUCCUGUUGGCUGCACAGAGAGUCUUCAUAACAACAAUGGUGAUGAUAAUGAUUUGAGGACAAGCCUCACAACCCCGGAGGAAGCUCCAGAUGCUGUCUCUCCUCCAGCUGCAGUCUCAUCCCCCUCAGCCCUCUAUAUUACCUGGGAACCGCCAGCAAGGCCCAAUGGAGACAUUACAGAGUUCCUCCUCUAUCACAACAACCAAAUGGUCUACAGGGGGAAAGACAGACAACACAACAUCACUGGUCUUGGUGUGUAUUCCACCCAUGUCUUGGUACUGAGUGCAUGCACUUCAGUGGGCUGCACCAACAGUUCACAAGUUACUGUGCUGACCUCUCAGCUUCCUCCGGGGCCUCUACAUGCACCAACUCUUACCCCACUUGACUCACGGACGAUUCUGGUCGA